AUCUCCGAUGGCAAUAUGAAGUGCCGUUCUUGGCUCCCAUCGCGGAGCACACGGCGUCGCCUUCUACAAAUAUUUGCCUGCCGUUUUGGUUGGACGAGGAGGGAGGGGGAGAAGACGGUGAAGGCGUCAUCGGCGGAGAUGUGCCCGACGACGAAAAAACCUGCUGACACAGCCGGCCAAAGAGGAGGAGAGCCGCCUCCGCCAGAGCCCGCGAGGGCCGCGGAGGACCCCUGCUACGACUGGCGGCAGGAGGCGAUCGAGGGCGGGUCCCUUCGACACGUUGACCUCGACACGGGCACCAACGGCUGGGCCUCCCCGCCCGGGGAUCUCUUCCACCUCCGCGGCCUCAACUACUUCGCCCGCCGCCAGAAGUGCCCCUCCGGCGAGUGGCUCCUCAAGCCCGCCGGCGUCGACUGGCUCCGAUCCGCCUCCCGCCUGGACGACGUCCUCGGCCGCCCUGACAACCGCGUCGCCACGGCCCUCCGCCGCGCCCAAGCCCUCGGCGGUGCCCGCAAGGCCUUCCUCUUCGCCGUCAACCUCCAGGUCCCCGGCCGCGAGUGCCACUCCGCCGUCUUCUACUUCGCCGCUGAGGAGCCCAUCCCGCCGGGCUCCCUCUUCUACCGUUUUGUCCACGGCGACGAUGCCUUCCGGAACUCGCGGUUCAAGAUCGUGAAUCGGAUCGUGAAGGGCCCAUGGAUCGUGAGGGCCGCCGUCGGGAACCACGCCGCCUGCCUCCUGGGCAAGGCGCUCACUUGCAACUACCACCGCGGGGAGAACUACCUCGAGAUCGACGUCGACAUCGGGAGCUCCGCCAUCGCCAAUGCCAUCCUCCACCUCGCCCUCGGCUACGUGACGGCGGUCACCAUCGACAUGGGGUUCCUGGUGGAGGCUCAGGCGGAGGAGGAGCUGCCGGAGCGGCUCCUGGGGGCUGUCCGGGUGGCGCAGAUGGAGAUGAGCUCGGCCACCUAUGUGGAGACUAAACCCAAGGCUACGGAGGCCGGAAAGACAGGGUUUUGGGGACCGGCGAAGGUCAACCACCAUCACCAACACCACCCUGAUCGGUGCUCGGGUGCGAAGCCAUCAAGGUCGGGGGUGGGCAAGGACGGCGACGACGAAGGUAGAACUACCACUUGGAGUUUCCUGUGGUCCAUGCUUCUGCAUCUGCUCUCUGCAGGUUUUGGCUGUCACUUUGUACCAAACUUAAUCCAAGAGUAUCAUAGUCUACUAAAAAGUGCAUUGCUUAAUGUUCUUGCAUAAUCUAGAUAUUUCUUGGUUAAAGAUGUUUCUUUUACCUAUGCAUUUCUUGGAGUACAAUCUGUUUUGUGAUACUUGAUUGUUCUUUUGUGGUUGGAGCUGGCCUUGAACCUGACAAUCUUAUUAUAUUGCUCUGGAAACAAUGAGAAUUUGAGAAUAUUGAACUGGACAGAUAAACAAUUAUGCAAUCAGUGCACCUCAUUGGCCUAUAAAUCUUAUAUACUUGCAAGUGGAUUGUAUAGUGCAUACAUGUGGAACACAUGCAAUAAGUCUGAUCAUUUUCUAGUGAAGCAGCACCGGAACCCAUGGCUGUGUUGGGAAAGAAGCAGUUUUUUUCUUCUUAAUGCAAGCAAAGAACAUUUACUUUGCUUGCAUGCCAAAUUCUUUUCUUUCAAGUUUUAUGAGAAUCAUUUUCAACUUGCCUAAGCUUGUCUCUCUUCUACUGAUGCAUCAUAUUUCAACACAUCCUUUUUGCAGAUAAUUUCCCUCCAUAGUAAAGCUAUUCUUCCUUCACUCCAUGGCCCAUGUACAUGCCAAGCUUCUGAAAGUUUUUGAGGUUCUUGUCAUGGCUUCUUCAUCCUUCAACUUAACAAUAUUAUGAUCAGUCAGUAUCAUCAACUGCUUCUUAGUUUCAUUGUUUUAAUGAACUUCCUGUUCGAUUCAUUUGAUUCAGAAUAAUCAUGCUUCUGACUGAUGUGAACAUUCUUUAUUGCUUCUGCUGUAGAAUCGCUAUCUGUAAUUUCAACUUACUUGGAAAGCACAUUUCCUGUCCUGUUUCACGCCCUCUUUGACA